AAAACUUCUUAUGUGAAGUGUUUUGUUAUCUAACCCUAUUAUACCAAAUGCCAAUUCUUAUUCUUAGCUACUUAUCUGUGAGGGCUAUAGAUGUUAACAUAUAAUAUACUUUGUUUAGGAAGAAAAUUAAUUUCCUACAUGUCAUUCUGGAAGAUUCUAUCUAAUGGAAUGCAACACAAGGCACAUUAAAAGUAGGCCUGCUUUAUGGAAUAUUGGAAGUUUUAAGACAGCAGGGUCCAGUUGUUACUUCUUUGUCACAUAAAGUGGAAUUAUUUGCCUUUGUUCUUUUUUUUUUUUUUUUUUUUUUUUUUUUUUAACUCUCUCCUUCUCUUUCUCCCACUCUCCUUCCCUCAAAAAAGAAUCUUAGAGCUGGCUCUCCAAGAGUUUAGAAGACAACCGUCCCCCUUUUGGAAGGGGCAGUUGUUAAGUUUGUGACUUGGCAGAGUGUUAAAGCAUUGACAUAACCCGUUUUAUGCAAACUGUGUUAGCUAGAAAACUGAGGGACGUUCCUUACGAAACCGUGACAAUGUACUGCCGUGACUUAAUAAAAAUUGCCCAAGUGACAGUGUGUCUGCUGAAUGGAUUUUCUUACACCAUCUGGUUGUCAUUGUAGUUUUUUUGUUGUUGCUUUCAUUUGAAAUGUGCUGAUGAUUUUGUUUUUAUUCCGUAGCAUUGAACAGAUGGGUUGAUUAUUCUUUUCAGAUAUUAAUAAGGCAGCGGAAAGAAGAAAUAUGAAUACGGCUCCAUCAAGACCCAGCCCCACACGAAGAGAUCCAUAUGGCUUUGGAGAUGGUCGAGAUACAAGACGUGAUCGAUCCCCAAUUCGAGGAAGUCCAAGGAGAGAGCCCAGGGAUGGCAGAAAUGGCCGGGAUGCCCGGGAUAGCAGAGCCAUUCGAGACCCCCGAGACUUGCGGGACCACAGAGAUAGCAGAGACAUUCGGGAUCACAGAGACAGCAGAAGUAUGCGUGAUGCUCGGGACAUGAGGGACCUUAGAGACUUUCGUGAUCUAAGAGACUCUAGGGAUUUUCGGGAUCACCGGGACCCCAUGUAUGACAGAUACAGAGAUAUGAGAGACUCCCGAGAGCCCAUGUACAGGAGAGAAAGCUCUUAUGACCGAUACCUGCGAAUGGAUGACUAUUGCAGGAGGAAGGACGACCCUUACUUUGACCGUUACAGAGAAAGCUUUGAUGGACGAGGCCCUCCAGGCCCAGAAAGUCAGUCUCGUGCAAAAGAACGUUUGAAACGUGAGGAACGGCGUAGAGAAGAGCUUUAUCGUCAGUAUUUUGAGGAAAUCCAGAGACGCUUUGAUGCUGAGAGGCCUGUUGAUUGUUCUGUGAUUGUGGUCAACAAGCAGACUAAAGAUUAUGCUGAAUCUGUGGGGCGGAAGGUACGAGACCUAGGCAUGGUAGUGGACUUGAUCUUCCUCAACACAGAGGUGUCACUGUCACAAGCCUUGGAGGAUGUUAGCAGGGGAGGGUCUCCUUUUGCUAUCGUCAUCACCCAGCAACACCAGAUUCACCGCUCGUGCACAGUCAACAUCAUGUUCGGAACCCCACAAGAGCAUCGCAACAUGCCCCAGGCAGACGCCAUGGUGCUGGUAGCCAGAAAUUAUGAGCGCUAUAAGAAUGAGUGCCGGGAGAAGGAGCGAGAGGAGAUUGCCAGACAGGCAGCCAAGAUGGCAGAUGAAGCCAUCCUGCAGGAAAGGGAGCGCGGAGGCCCCGAGGAAGGAGUGCGCGGGGGGCACCCUCCAGCCAUCCAAAGCCUCAUCAACCUACUGGCAGACAACAGGUACCUCACUGCCGAGGAGACUGACAAGAUCAUCAACUAUCUGCGAGAGCGGAAGGAGCGCCUUAUGAGGAGCAGCACCGACUCUCUGCCUGGCCCGAUUUCCCGCCAACCACUCGGGGCGACCUCGGGUGCCUCGCUGAAGACACAGCCAAGCUCCCAACCGCUCCAGAGCGGCCAAGUGCUCCCCUCUGCUACACCCACUCCAGCUGCACCCCCCACCUCCCAGCAAGAGCUUCAGGCCAAAAUCCUCAGCCUCUUCAAUAGUGGCACGGUUGUGGCCAAUAGCAGCUCUGCAUCCCCUUCAGUCGCUGCCGGAAACACCCAGAACCAGAAUUUUUCCACGGCAGCGAACAGCCAGCCUCAGCAAAGAUCACAGGCCUCUGGCAAUCAGCCUCCAAACAUUUUGGGACAGGCGGGAUCUGCUCGGAACAUGGGCCCCAGGCCUGGGGCUCCUUCCCAAGGGCUCUUUGGCCAGCCUUCCAGUCGCCUGGCACCUGCUAGCAACAUGGCUAGCCAGAGGCCCGUGUCUUCCACAGGUAUCAACUUUGACAAUCCAAGUGUACAGAAGGCUCUGGACACCCUGAUCCAGAGUGGCCCUGCUCUCUCCCACCUGGUUAGCCAAACUACAGCACAGGUGGGGCGGCCCCCGGCCCCGUUGGGAUCCUACCAGAGGCAUUACUGAGGCUAAGUCUCUCAACUGUCCCCAGUCCCCUCAUCCCCUGGCCUCCUCCCACCUACUGCGUUCAAAUAGAGUUACUUGGAGGAUGUUCUCUGCGCCUCUCCAGGUCUACAUCGAAUGUUUCUACCACCUGCUCUCUCUUCUGCCCAAGGCUUUGUUGCUUAUUCCUUCCAGAGUCAGAGUUUAUACUGCAUUUGGGGGUGUAUCUUUUUUUGUCGUUUUUGGUUUUUGUUUUGUAGAAAAUAAAUAUCUCUGGGGUCACUUGGGCAGUAUAGGUGUCCGGGCUCAGUUUAUAUUUCAUGGGUUUCUCUGGUCUCUGUCAGCUGGAUUUGGGGGUUGAGGAGAAGGAAGAAGCCACGCCCCGAUCGACUGAGUUUGGAACAGCAUUUUCAUGUCCGUCGCCACCGCCUUUGUUCAUUUUGAACCUAUCGAGGUUUUUUUCAGCUUCACACAGGCCGACCAGAGCUCAAGCUCCUGUCUGCAGCUGCUUCCUAGGGUUGCAGAAAGCCAGCCUGGGCUGGGCAGGCACGGUGUCCUCGUGCCCCGCUCCAUGUGUAUGGGGUCUGCCGGAGGAUUCAUAAAGCAGCUGCUCUGGGGUUUGUCUAGGAGAGUGCGUGGCGGCCACGGAAGCAGGCGCUUUUCUGCCUAAUCCAGGGUUGUUAGUUUGGGGUUUUCUUUCUUUCUUCUUUUCUUUCUUUUUUCUUCCUUUCUCUUUCUUUCUUUUUCUUUCUUUUCCUUCCUCCCCUUUCCUUUUUUUUCUUUUUUCUUUCCCUUUCUUUCUUUCUUCCUUUCUUUUUUUCUCUUUCUUUUCAUUUCAUUGGAGGAUCUCCAAUGGAUUGAACAGCUCCAGUCACCAGCAGUUCAACAAGAACUGUAAUCUGGGCCCUGACCACUCUCACCCCCUUAACGUUUUUGUCAGCUUCUCCCUCUCCAGUGCUGGUUUCAUGGAGGUUCUGAGAAAGCAACUCUAGACUCUGGCAGGGAACACCCUUUUUUUUUUCAGUGAUUGUUUGAGCUUUUGGCUCAGAAAUCAGGCUCUUAUUUUCAUUUGGACUCUUCUGUUUCUGAGCAGCAGGAGGUAAGGACCAUUUUGAUGUCAGACUUUUGGUAGCUGGGCAUGUCCUUGAUACAGGUGGUUGUUCAUAACUUUUGAGCCAGAGUGAAAUUAUUAGAGGGAGGACUUCUGGCUGCUGCUCUCUAUGGAGCCAAAGGAAGCUGCCCUCUCCCUAGGGAUGGUGCUCAUCAGAGCCCUGUGGGUCACAGUCUCAAGGGUCCCCUGCAGGGAUGAGGGAGGGCAGGGACCUCAGCUGAGUCCUUGCCAGUGGCUGAGCGAACAAUGCUUUCAAAAACUCAAGGUCCCCGAUGGCAGCGUUUUAUGUUCUGACCUGUUUGUGUUCUAUAGUGUUUUUUUCCUCUUUGGAAUUCUGUGUUGUUAAUAAGAUGAGAUGAUUACUUUUUAUUAAAAUGAAAAAGUAAAAGCUGUGUUGUCUUUUUGGGGUGUGAAUAACUUCAGGGGCAUUCCCUCCCCAGUCAGAAGGUGAGGGCCCCUGACGGAACAUUGACUGGUUCCCGUCUGCCAUGACGCCUGCCCCCUCUUGUCCUCAUCUGUGGUUGCGGUCAGCCCCGAAGACCUCCUCUAACCCUAGUCCUCUUCUGCCACACCUCCCCCGGUCAGAAGCUUUAACAUCAGGUCAGAGCAAAAGCCUGCUGGCUAAUUAUGAUGCUGUGUUAAACGUGCUUGUUUGUGGUGGACUCUCAGUGUGGCGGCAGGCUUGUCCGCUCACUCUG